GUUCUCAGUUUUUCUUGAAAAUAGAGUGGAAGAAGGAAGGCAGAAAUAGAAUGCAAUUAUAUUCUUUUGGCUUUUAGUCUUUCAUUAUAUGAAUUGAGUUAGCUUUUAGUUUAGAUUAUCAAAACCCAACAUUUGGGAACUAAAGAGGAAGAAGAAUUUAUCAGUUAUGGUUGAGGUUGGCGCUUUUGGAUGAAUGGCAUGGCAGCCAUUGUUCCACACACUGCAAACGCCAUUUUUGCAGUUUCUCUUCUGCCUCCCAGAAUUUUGUUUCGGUUUCCUUCUAUGCCCACCAGUCCUUCACCUUCAACGGCACCGCCACUUUUAUCCACAACUUCUCUCUCGCUCUCUAGUUCAAAGCCCUGUCACGGCCUAUUCAAUUCCACCUCUCCGACCCAAUACCUUACAUUCCCUCAAUCCGCAGUGUCUAAUUCUGAAUCCCUUUUCGCUUCACGCCCUGUGGAUAACUCUCUCUCUCCGAUUACGUCCGGCUUCAAUUUGCUUCGCCUAUCCACUCGCUACGGUGACGCUGACCUCGCCAGGGCUGUUCAUGCUCGCUUUCUUAAGCUCGACGAAGAUAUCUAUCUGGGUAAUGCUCUAUUUUCGGCUUAUCUCAGGUUGGGGCUCGUUCGAGAUGCUGAUAGAGUCUUUUCUGGCCUUUUUUGUCCCAAUGUGGUGUCUUACACGGCGUUGAUUUCUGGGUUUUCUAAGUCGAACCGGGAAGAUGAUGCUGUUGAGCUUUUCUUUGCGAUGUUGGACUCAGGCAUUGAGCCAAACGAAUAUACUUUUGUAGCGAUUUUGACCGCUUGCAGUCGAAACAUGGAUUAUCAGUUAGGUUCUCAAGUUCAUGGCAUUGUCAUCAAAUUGGGGUACAUGAGUUGUGUUUUCAUUUGCAAUGCACUUAUGGGAUUCUAUAGUGAGUGUGGGUUUUUGGAACUUGUACUUAGAUUGUUCGACGAAAUGCUUGAGAGAGACAUCACUUCUUGGAAUACUGUCAUCUCGAGUGUGGUGAAGGAGUUCAGGUACGAUGAAGCGUUCGAUUAUUUUCGUGGUAUGCAGAGGAGUUAUGGGCUCAGAGUGGAUCAUUUCUCUCUUUCUACUCUCUUGACUGCCUCUGCCGGCAGUGUUAUGACAUUGAAAGGCCAACAACUUCACGCUCUUGCUUUGAAGGUCGGGUUGGAGUCUCAUUUGAGUGUCAGCAAUGCGCUGAUUGGAUUCUAUACUAAAUGUGGGAGAGUGAAUGAUGUAAUGGCUCUGUUUGAGGCAAUGCCAAUAAGAGAUGUUAUUACUUGGACAGGAAUGAUUACGUCGUACAUGGAAUUUGGAAAGUUGGAUUUGGCAGUCGAAGCCUUUAAUAAGAUGCCGGAGAGGAAUUAUGUCUCUUAUAAUGCAGUUUUGGCAGGACUUUCUAAGAACGGAGAAUGGUCAAGAGCACUGGAACUUUUCAUUGAAAUGUUGGAGGAGGGCAUGGAAAUAUCUGAUUACACCUUGACUAGCAUCAUCAAUGUUUGUGGGUUGCUCGAGAAUUUUAAAGUUAGUCAGCAGAUUCAAGGCUUCAUCAUCAAGUUUGGUAUUUUGUCAAAUUAUUGCAUUGAAACAGCAUUGGUUGACAUGUACACGAGGUGUGGGAGGAUGGAGGAUGCCAAGAAGAUGUUUCAUCAGCGUUCAUUAGAGAAUGACUGCACUGCAAUGCUGACAUCCAUGAUUUGUAGGUAUGCUCGAAGCGGACAACUAAAUGAAGCAAUCUCUCUCUUUCACUCUGGUCAAUCUGAAGGAGCUAUUGUUAUGGAUGAAGUUGUGUCAACAUCAAUACUUUCUCUUUGUGGAAGUAUAGGCUUUCAUGAGAUGGGAAAGCAAAUGCAUUGUCAUUCUCUUAAAUCGGGUCUUAUAACUGAUAUAGGGGUAGUUAAUGCGACAGUUAGCAUGUACUCGAAGUGUUGGAAUAUGGAUGAUGCCGUCCGAGUAUUCAAUACAAUGAAUGCACAAGACAUAGUUUCCUGGAAUAGUUUAGUUGCUGGACAUCUGCUUCAUAGGCAGGGUGAUAAAGCCUUGGAAAUCUGGAAGAAGAUGGACAAAACAGGAAUAAAACCUGACGAUAUUACAUUUGUUUUGAUAAUUUCAGCUUACAAACACACAGAAUUGAAUUUAGUUGAUAGCUGUCGUGGUUUAUUUGUCUCUAUGGAAACUAAAUACAAUAUCAAACCGACUUCAGAGCAUUAUGCCUCCUUUGUCAGUGUUUUGGGUCGUUGGGGUCUUCUUGAAGAAGCUGAAGAAACAAUCAGGAAGAUGCCUUUCAAACCAGAUGUUUGCGUCUGGCGUGCUUUGCUUGAUAGUUGUAGAUUCCAUAAAAAUGAAAGGAUGGAAACACUGGCUGGAAAAUGCAUACUGGCAAUGGAACCAAAAGAUCCAUUUACUUACAUACUUAAAUCGAAUCUAUACUCUGCAUCAGGGAGAUGGCAUUAUUCCGAAAAGGUGAGAGAGGAGAUGCGUGAGAAAGGGUUCCGGAAACACCCAAGUCAGAGCUGGAUCGUUCAUGAGAACAAAAUCCAUUCAUUUUACACCAGAGACAAGUCUCAUCCCCGGGAAAAAGACAUUUACAGUGGACUGAAUAUACUAAUCUUGGAGUGCUUAAAAGUUGGUUAUGUCCCCAACACGAGUUUUGUUCUUCAAGAAGUAGAGGAACACCAAAAGAAAGAAUUCUUGUUCUAUCACAGUGGAAAACUUGCAGCAACUUUCGGGAUUCUAAUGAGCAAGCCGGGAAAGCCAAUCCGAAUUGUGAAGAAUGUCCUUUUGUGUGGGGAUUGUCAUACCUUCUUGAAAUAUGUUUCGAUGAUCACCAGAAGGAAAAUAUUUCUGAGGGAUACUUCCGGGUUUCAUUGCUUUGCAAAUGGCAAAUGCUCAUGUAAAGGUUACUGGUAACUAUUUUUCACUUUUGAUAAAUCAUCAUAUAUAUAAUCAUAGAUCUUCAUACUUGGAAUCUUAUGAAAUUAUUAUAUUCUUUUUUAGGA